AUGGCCACCCAACGUCACUACUACCAGCCCACCGCUCAUCCGAUGAACAUGCCAUCCAAGGCCCCGGCGCCGGCCAGCAUGUACCCCAUCUCUCGGGUUCCUGGCUCACCACCGGACUAUUCUGAUGCCAGCACCACUGCCGGCAGCCGCUCCUCUGGCGGACUCACAUUCAGCUCCGUCGGCGGCGCAGACUACGACACAAGCUCGACAUCCUAUGCCGGCGUCGAUGUCGUGGAUGUCUUGAGCGACCGCAUCCAGCAUGCGUUUGAUCCGACCCCAUUGGACAGGGGCGUGGCGAAGCAGGCGCAAUCUUCCGGUCAUCUCAACGCAAAGCAGCGAGAGCUGCUAGAACUGCAAGCCCUGGCUCAGCGCCGCCUGAAGGGCGUCCGCGCAAACUUCGCCGAAGGAGUGAAGACUGCGCGAGAAACCAAGCGGGAUUUGGAAUGGACUCAAAAGCGUGUCAGCACGCUGAAAAGCAAGGCCGAGAAGGCCCACCCGGACGAGUACCGUCGGGCAGCGAAGAAGUACACCCUCGACCAGUACUGA